CGCUUUAUGAAGUCUAACAUACCGAAAGCCAAUCUGAAAGAGGAAGUUCCUGGUAAAGUUGUGAUUGCGCAUUGCCGGUGAGCUCAAACUCGCCGAAUCUUUGUAAAUAAACACUUUCAUUGAUCCGGGGUGUUGUAUGUAGACGAAAAAGCUGUUUUUAGACGAAGAUGGUAGAGCGGGAGGACAGUUCACCCCUGCAGGCUUUCGAGAAGGACGCGCUGGAUCUUACAGUUGAAGAUGUCUACGAUAUCUCUUACGUGAUCGGCAGGGAUCUGUUAAAAGUGAACACAGGUGGUCGGGAAUUAUCAGAUUUACAGUUUAAGAUCGUCCGUGUGCUGGAGAUGUUUGAGAUGAUGGUGAACAAGUACAACCUGUCUCUGGAGGAGCUGAGGAUGGAGAGAGAUAAUCUGAAGAGAGAGCUCGAUAGUGUUACAUCUGAGGGAUCAACUAGUCAGGAGAACAUCGGUCCAAACAAGCUUAUUGUGGACUUGAAGGACCCGAACCGACCGCGCUUUACCAUGCAGGAGUUAAAGGAGGUUCUUCAAGAGAGGAACCAUCUUAAAGCUCAGCUAAUGGUGGCCCAAGAGGAACUUCAGCUUUAUAAGAGUGGAGUCCUGAGCUCAGAACAAACCAUGGUGGAAAUAAACCUGGACACCCCUUCACCUUCAGAACCCUCACCAACAAACACUGUAGAGGACAACAAGGAGAAGAGCACCAUUCAGAAACUGUUUUCAUUUCGACAAAAAUAGCCUGUUGGCAAAACCAAAUGUAAACGCGGCACCUCUUGUCGAGUGUGAAGUCAAGGCACAGAAAUAAAACCAGCAUCUUGUUCCUCAGUUUAACAAACUAUAGAUCAUGGUUCAAGACACAAGAGACCAAAUAGUCAACAAACACAGUGGUCUGAAAUAUCUGAUUCAGGUAGGGUUUGAACCUGUGCCGCCCAUCUUGACAGUGUUUUUGUUGUUCAGCCAGUUUAUUUCUACACUGAAAUGAAUCAUUAAGUGGAAGAUCAUUCACAAGCAGGACUACAAAAUGUUUUCUACCUAAAUCGAUAUUUCAUGUCCACAUUUAUACCUGGCAGCACGUAAGCAGGAUAUUUUAUGGUACGGUCCUGCAUUGGGGUAUUGAUUUUACUUUAUUUUCAGUGUUUUAAUUGUAUGUUAGCUUUAUAUUAAAAGCAUUAGUACUAAAACGAAUGCACUAAAUAUCUGGUAUAUGAAGUGAUCAUAUGGUGAGUGUAUAACCUCUAAAUGUGUAUUAACUUAAAACUACAUUUUUAAAGUUCACUUGGCCUUCACAGUUUGCUAUAGCCUUUAAUGAACUUUUCAACAACACCAUGUUAUUGUAUU